AUUGACAGCUACAUUUACCGCUGAAAGCGCUGUCAAUGUAGGCGGAGUUUAAACAACUACUGUACAUUUAAUACGUGCGCAAAGUUAUUAAUUUCUCACCUGCACUCAGGAACGUUGCGAGAAGAACGAUGUUGAAACUGACAGUAGGCUUAGCACUGGUGACCCUGGUUGCUUGCUCGCAGUGCCCCAACAGUGAAGUCUGUGAGGCAGGCCAGUCAUGCUGCCAUGCUCCCACCGGAGAGUUCAGCUGCUGCACUUUCCAUCAUGGAGAGUGUUGUGAGGAUCACCUGCACUGCUGUCCUGAGGGCAUGUUGUGCCAAGUUAUGGAGUCCACUUGUUUGAAUGCCUCACAUUCACUGCCAUGGGCAGAGAGGACACCUACUAAACAGAAAGGCCUUCCCAAAUCGUUCAGAAUGAUCCCCUCGUUACCUGCAAGUGAAAAUGACAUCAUCUGCCCUGAUGGUUCCUGCUGUCCUGCUGAGUUCUCCUGUCUGCUGUUGGCUUCAUCAUACGGGUGCUGUCCAGUGGCACAGGGCAUUGUGUGCACCGAUGGGAAACACUGCUGUCCUAAAGGCUAUGAGUGCAGUGCAGACAGCAGUUCCUGUGUCAAACACAAAGAACCAGUUGAGACUGUUCUUUGCGGAGAUGGGAAGUCAGAGUGUCCCAUGGACAGCACAUGUUGCAAGACAGAGGUGGAUGAUCAAUGGGCAUGCUGCCCCAUGCCAAGGGCUGUAUGUUGUGAUGACAAAGUCCACUGUUGUCCAGAAAACAGUGUCUGUGAUGUCAGAAGCUCCAAAUGCUUGUCCUCAACCAAUCAGGAGCUGCCAAUGUGGGCCAAGUUCCCUGCUCGCCUUAGGGCUAAAUGGGAAGAUCACAAGUCUGUAGCUGUUACUCCAGAAAGGACCACUGAAGGUGAACCCACUACAAAUGGACAAAUCACUACUGCCCUCAACCAAAUGACUACACCAUCCAAUGCAUUCUCAGAGAAUUCAAACUUUAAUGUUCCUUGUGAUGACACUGUGGCCUGUCCAGAUAAUACCACAUGCUGUAAGACUAAAGAUGGAGGAUGGGCCUGCUGUCCUCUGCCAGAGGCUGUGUGUUGUGAUGAUUUUAUCCACUGCUGUCCUCAUGGUACGAAAUGUAACAUUACCGCUGACACAUGUGACGACCCUUCAGGCUCUGUGCCCUGGUUUGAGAAAGUGUCUGUGCGACCAAUCAGCAAUCAGAAAGUAGCUGCCACACAAGUGCCUUCUGUAUAUUCCAACAAUGAUAUUCCCUGUAAUGACACUACGGCCUGUCCAGAUAAUACCACAUGCUGUAAAACUAAAGAAGGAGGAUGGGCCUGCUGUCCUCUGCCAGAGGCUGUAUGUUGCGAUGAUUUCAUCCACUGCUGUCCUAAUGGUAAGAAAUGUAAUGUUGCUGCUGGGACAUGCGAGGACCCUUCAUGUUCUGUGCCCUGGUUGGAGCAGAUGCCUGUGCGGCCAAUCAGCAGUCAGAAUGUGACUGACACACAGAUGCCUUCUAUGGAUUCAAACUAUAAUGUUCCUUGUGAUGACACUGUGGCCUGUCCAGAUAAUACCACAUGCUGUAAGACUAAAGAUGGAGGAUGGGCCUGCUGCCCUCUGCCAGAGGCUGUCUGUUGUGAUGAUUUCAUCCACUGCUGUCCUCAUGGUAAGACAUGUAAUGUUGCUGCUGGGUCAUGUGACGACCCUUCAGGCUCUGUGCCCUGGUUUGAGAAGGUGUCUGUGCGACUAAUCAGCAGUCAGAAAGUGGUUGACACACAAGUGCCUUCUAUGGAUUCCAACUCUGAUGUUCCCUGUGAUGACACUGCGGCCUGUCCAGAUAAUACCACAUGCUGUAAGACUAAAGAUGGAGGAUGGGCCUGCUGCCCUCUGCUAGAGGCUGUCUGUUGUGAUGAUUUCAUCCACUGCUGUCCUAAUGGCAAGAAAUGUAACGUUGCUGCUGGUACAUGUGAGGACCCCUCAGGCUCUGUUCCCUGGUUUGAGAAGGUGUCUGCGAGACCAGUCAGCAGUCAGAAAGUGGCUGCCACACAAGUGCCUUCUAUGGAUUCAAACUCUAAUGUUCCUUGUGAUGACACUGUGGCCUGUCCAGAUAAUGCCACAUGCUGUAAGACUAAAGAUGGAGGAUGGGCCUGCUGCCCUCUGCCAGAGGCUGUCUGUUGUGAUGAUUUCAUCCACUGCUGUCCUAAUGGCAAGAAAUGUAACAUUGCUGCUAGUACAUGUGAGGACCCCUCAGGCUCUGUUCCCUGGUUUGAGAAGGUGUCUGCGAGACCAGUCAGCAGUCAGAAAGUGGCUGCCACACAAGUGCCUUCUAUGGAUUCAAACUCAAAUGUUCCUUGUGAUGACACUGUGGCCUGUCCAGAUAAUGCCACAUGCUGUAAGACUAAAGAUGGAGGAUGGGCCUGCUGCCCUAUGCCAGAGGCUGUCUGUUGUGAUGAUUUCAUCCACUGCUGUCCUAAAGGCAAGAAAUGUAAUGUUGCUGCUGGUACAUGUGAGGACCCCUCGGGCUCUGUUCCCUGGUUUCAGAAGAUGUCUGCAAGACCAAUCAGCAGUCAGAAAGUGGCUGCCACACAAGGGCCUUCUAUGGAUUCAAACUCUAAUGUUCCUUGUGAUGACACUGUGGCCUGUCCAGAUAAUGCCACAUGCUGUAAGACUAAAGAUGGAGGAUGGGCCUGCUGCCCUCUGCCAGAGGCUGUGUGUUGUGAUGAUUUCAUCCACUGCUGUCCUCAUGGUACGAAAUGUAACGAUACCGCUGACACAUGUGACGACCCUUCAGGCUCUGUGCCCUGGUUUGAGAAAGUGCCAGUACGACCAAUCAGCAGUCAGAAAGUAGCUGACACACAAGUACCUUCUAUAGAUUCAGAAUCUAAUGUUCCCUGUGAUGGCAUUGUGGCCUGUCCAGAUGAAACCACAUGCUGUAAGACUAAAGAUGGAAAAUGGAGCUGUUGUCCUUUUCCAGAGGCUGUGUGUUGUAAGGAUAAAUUCCACUGCUGUCCCAAAGGCACCACUUGUGACCUUAUAACGAUCAACUGUAAUAACAGCAGCACAUCUGUGCCUAUGUCAGACAUAAUCCCUGACCACAGACAAGAACAGCAAAAGGAAGUGAAAAAUGGAGUGGGUGAAAAGGGGAAGUACAAUGGCAGGGUUCCAUGUGAUACUCAUACUUCCUGUCCAGAUCAUACUACUUGCUGUCUUAAUGCACAAACCAAGAAAUGGGGCUGCUGCCCACUGCCUAAAGCUGUAUGUUGCAAGGAUGGGGAACACUGUUGUCCAGCUGACUAUGAGUGUGAUGAGAGCCAGGUGUCCUGCAAAAAGGGAGAAGUGGUGAUUCCUUGGUACAAUAAGAUUAAUGCCCAGAGCACUCCAGCUCCAAGCUCUGAUCUCAGUUCUGUUAGGUGUGAUGCACAGUCAAGCUGCCUUGCAGGCUCAACCUGUUGCCGUCUGUCCACGGGAGAAUGGGGUUGCUGCCCUCUUCCUGAGGCUAUUUGUUGUCCAGACCAGGACCACUGCUGUCCCAAAGGCUACCAAUGUGACUUGCAUGGUCACUCCUGUGUAAAAUCCGUCUGGCUGCAGAUGGACACAGUCCCACUCACCCACAUUGGUGGCCCAAAGCCACAGCCUCCCAUCUCAAAAAAGGACAUUCAGUGUGGUGGGAGUUAUAGUUGCCUUGAUGGUGAGACAUGUUGUCCAACCUCUGAAACAUCCUGGGGCUGUUGCCCAUCUGCCAAGGCGGUGUGCUGUGAUGAUAAGAAACACUGCUGCCCUGCCGGCUACAAAUGUGGUGAAGGUGGAGUUUGUACCCAAGCCACAGGCUUCAGCUGGAACAACUGGAGACACUGGAGGGUGUUCUUCUCCAAAAAGAAACAAGCUAUUUUUAUAUGAAAACACCUGGGUCUGUCCCUCUCAGAUGCACCCCACAUUCCUAACCGUGUCAAUUUUUUUAAUGCUACAUUUAUCAGAUUACUAAUCAGAGAAAAUCAGACAGUUAUUUUACUGCAAAGGGAGAAAUGUAUUCUUUUAUUUACAGGGAAAAGUUUCAUGAGGGCUGAACAAAAGAUGGUUUAGAUCUGUUUCCAGGUUUGCAGGUUACAUUUUUGAGACUUGACAUUAUGCAAUCUUAUGAUUAUGGCUAAGAUGCUUUGUAUAAGGAAAUGUUUUAAAUUAACCUCUUCAGAUAAGGCAUCAUGUUUUCUGUGUAACUUCCAUAUUUGCAGGUCAGGUCUCAAUCUUCCUUAUUCCUAUUUCACAAUCGAAGUAAAUAACCCUACAACUGAUUUCUGUAAUUUUCUUCUUUAUCGAUCUAGAUGCUUGCUGGUUUUUAACAGUUCCAAUGUUUGGGUUGUGUGAGAGAUGAUUGAAAUAUAAUUCUCAAAUAAAAAUAUGGCCCAUACAAAAUCUUGUCAGUUCUGAAAGAGAAAUUAAAAAUAAAAGAGAAUUGUCUCUGUCUA